CACACCGCCCUUCUCCAGCCGCGUUCCACAACCUGCCUCCCUGGACCAGCCGGGUCCAUCUCCCUGCUGCGGCCACCCCAGCCGAUUCUCCGGGACCCGGGUGCCAUUCCCGGCUGGAUCAGGCAGCCAGGGAGAAGCUCCGAGCGGUCCUGGAAGGGGAGGGGGCAAAGCGAAGCGAGCUCAGGCGAGAGAGGCAGGGAGAGCCUCCGUCUCGGCAGUAAUGAGGGAGAAGCUGUUUAGUCAUCUCUCUAUAUAUACUUUCACAAUGAUGAUCGCAUUUACUGAUUGCUUCUGACUGCAUGUAGAGAGGGAGUCAAGAGGCAGGCAGCACAGUUCACCUCGUAUCCUGAGGAGUGACUGCUCCCCCUUCCUUCCAGUUCCCCACGUUUAGCCCUACUUUUGGGCACCGGGUGUCUUUCCUUGCCAGAUGGGACUGAUCUGACUCGCAGCAGGUCUCGGGAGCAUCCUGAUUGUCCUCUCCAGUAACAAGGCCUGGGCUCAUCAUGGCAGCAGGAGUAGCAGCGUGGUUGCCCUUUGCCAGGGCGGCUGCCAUAGGAUGGAUGCCAGUGGCCAACUGCCCCAUGCCACUGGCACCGACGGAGAAGAACAAGAGGCAGGAUGAGCUGAUCAUUCUCAAUGUGAGUGGCAGGCGAUUCCAGACCUGGAGGACUACACUGGAGAGAUACCCGGACACUCUCCUGGGCAGCACCGAGAAGGAGUUCUUCUUCAACGAGGACACCAAGGAGUACUUCUUUGACCGGGACCCCGAGGUCUUCAGGUGCAUCCUAAAUUUUUAUAGAACUGGCAAGCUGCACUACCCCAGGUACGAGUGCAUCUCUGCCUACGACGAAGAGCUCGCCUUCUACGGGAUCCUCCCAGAGAUCAUCGGGGACUGCUGCUACGAAGAGUACAAGGACAGGAAGCGGGAAAACGCGGAGCGGCUGAUGGACGACAACGACUCGGAGAACAACCAGGAGGGGUCCAUGCCCUCGCUGAGCUUCCGGCAGACCAUGUGGCGAGCCUUCGAGAACCCCCACACCAGCACCUUAGCCUUAGUCUUUUACUACGUCACCGGUUUCUUUAUCGCCGUCUCUGUGAUCACCAACGUGGUGGAGACUGUGCCCUGCGGCACCGUGCCCGGGAACAAGGAGCUUCCGUGCGGGGAGAGGUACGCCGUGGCUUUCUUUUGCUUGGACACGGCCUGCGUGAUGAUCUUCACCGUCGAGUACCUGUUGAGACUCUUUGCGGCCCCGAGCCGCUACAGGUUCAUCCGAAGCGUGAUGAGCAUCAUCGACGUGGUGGCCAUCAUGCCCUACUACAUCGGCCUGGUGAUGACCAACAACGAGGACGUCAGCGGGGCCUUCGUCACGCUACGGGUUUUCAGGGUUUUCAGGAUUUUCAAGUUCUCCCGCCAUUCCCAGGGCCUGAGAAUCUUGGGCUACACCUUGAAGAGCUGUGCCUCCGAGCUUGGCUUUCUCCUCUUUUCCCUCACUAUGGCAAUCAUCAUCUUUGCAACUGUGAUGUUUUAUGCGGAGAAAGGGUCCUCGGCGAGCAAAUUCACCAGUAUUCCUGCUUCCUUUUGGUACACUAUUGUAACCAUGACAACACUGGGUUAUGGUGACAUGGUGCCCAAGACAAUCGCUGGGAAGAUCUUUGGCUCCAUUUGCUCCCUGAGUGGGGUGCUGGUCAUUGCUCUGCCGGUUCCAGUCAUUGUUUCCAACUUCAGCCGGAUUUACCACCAGAACCAGCGAGCCGACAAGAGGAGAGCGCAGAAGAAAGCCCGGCUCGCCCGGAUCCGCGUGGCCAAGACCGGCAGCUCCAACGCGUACCUGCACAGCAAACGCAACGGCCUCCUCAACGAAGCCCUGGAGCUCACGGGAUCCACCGAAGAGGAACAGCACAUGACUAAAGGCACCUCCUUAAUCGAAAGCCAACACCACCAUCUGCUGCACUGCCUGGAAAAAACAACCGGAUUGUCCUAUCUUGUGGAUGAUCCCCUGUUAUCUGUACGAGCUUCCACCAUCAAGAACCACGAGUUCAUAGAUGAACAGAUGUUCGAGCAGAACUGCAUGGAGAGCUCGAUGCAGAACUACCCUUCCUCCCGGAGCCCCUCCCUGUCCAGCCACCACGGCCUGACCACCUCCUGCUGCUCCCGCCGCAACAAGAAGACCACUCACCUUCCCAACUCCAGCGUCCCGGCCACGCGCCUGCGGAGCAUGCAGGAGCUCAGCACCAUCCACAUCCAGUGCAGCGAGCAGCCCUCCCUCACAACCAGUCGUUCCAGCCUCAACAUGAAGUCAGACGACGGGCUGAGACCGAACUGCAAAGCUGCCCAGAUCACCACAGCCAUCAUCAGCAUCCCCACCCCGCCCGCCCUCACCCCCGAGGGCGAGAGCAGACCCACCCCCGGCAGCCCCGGGCACUCCACGAACAUUCCCACCACCACCACCACCACCACGGCCAACAUCGUCAAGGUCUCUGCCUUGUAAGACGGUCUCAGGAGGAGGCUGGAAGAGCCAGUGGCCCCCUCUUCCCUCCACACCCCUCCACGCUCCUUUCUUGCUGCAACUUGUGCCUGGAUGGACCGACCCCGACGUUGUGUCAGCGGA